GUGCGGCGUCUUGAUGGAGGAGAUAAACCCUAGUUCUUCUGUAGACAAUAAGAGAGACAUGGCGGAAGAAGCUAAAGUUGAUGUGAAGACUUCGGCGAAGAAGGAUAUACGCAAUUAUCUAUGCCAGUAUUGCGGAAUCAGCAGAUCUAAAAACUAUCUCAUCACUAAACACAUCCAAUCUCAUCAUCAGAUGGAACUUGAAGAGGAAAGAGAUGAUGAAGCUUGUGAGGUUGAUGAGGAGUCUUCAAGUAAUCAUACUUGUCAAGAAUGUGGUGCUGAGUUUAAGAAACCUGCUCACUUGAAGCAGCAUAUGCAGAGUCAUUCGCUCGAGGAAAUAAAUAGCCUUUUGUUUAAAUCAAAAGGUCUUACCUAUGUUAUUGCGUGAGGCAUUGGAUCCCAAAGAGAGAACUCCAAAAUGCGAGGCUACAUGUUAUGGACUAGUAUCAGGUUGGGAGACCUCCUGAGAAGCUCCAGCAAGUAAGCCUCGAUCACGCAAAAUGUUUGAGAGAUCUUUUACUUGCUAUGUGGAUGAUUGUGCUGCUAGCUAUAGGAGGAAGGAUCAUCUCAAUAGGCAUCUUCUUACACAUAAAGGGAAGCUCUUUAAGUGUCCGAAGGAGAACUGCAAGAGUGAAUUCUCAGUACAGGGAAAUGUUGGUAGGCAUGUUAAGAAAUAUCAUAGUAAUGACAACCGUGAUAAGGACAAUACUGGUUUGGGCGAUGGUGAUAAGGACAAUACUUGUAAGGGGGAUGAUGAUAAGGAAAAAUCUGGUAGUGGCGGUUGUGAGAAGGAAAAUGAAGGGAAUGGCGGAAGUGGUAAGGACAAUAAUGGUAAUGGCGAUUCUCAGCCUGCGGAGUGUUCAACUGGUCAGAAGCAGGUUGUCUGCAAAGAAAUUGGUUGUGGAAAAGCCUUUAAGUAUCCUUCACAGCUUCAAAAGCAUCAGGAUUCUCAUGUGAAAUUAGACUCUGUGGAGGCAUUUUGUUCCGAGCCUGGGUGUAUGAAGUACUUUACCAACGAAGAAUGCCUCAAGUCACACAUAAGAUCCUGUCAUCAGCACAUCAACUGUGAGAUAUGUGGUUCUAAGCAUUUGAAAAAGAACAUCAAGAGACAUCUACGGACUCAUGAUGAAGAUUCCUCACCAGGAGAAAUCAAGUGUGAAGUUGAGGGUUGCUCUUCGACUUUCUCCAAGGCUUCUAAUCUUCAGAAACACAUGAAAGCAGUGCACGAUGAUAUACGUCCCUUUGUCUGUGGCUUUCCCGGUUGUGGCAUGAGAUUUGCUUACAAACAUGUCAGAAACAAGCACGAGAAUUCCGGGUAUCACGUAUAUACCUGCGUAAGUUCAUCCAACCUACAUACUAUCGUGUUUUUCUUACAAACUCAAAAGACUAGAAUCUCAUGUAAAACUGAAUGUGGUUUCAGGGUGAUUUUGUCGAAACUGAUGAAGAUUUCACUUCAAGACCGAGAGGUGGACUAAAGAGGAAACAAGUUACUGCGGAAAUGCUGGUACGAAAGAGAGUCAUGCCUCCUCGGUUUGAUGCAGAAGAACACGAAACUUGCUAGUAGUGUCCAAGCCUUAAUUAUAUUUUCUGUCUUAAGAUAAGUGAAGUAGUUUUGUGUAAAGUUCUUUUUGUUUGUGUGUUGGUAGGAAGAAAUAUAGAACUACAAUAGUAGGUAGUAAUAUAAGUAAUGUUGUGCUUAGAAUCUAUGUUCGUUUAACCUUUUAUCUCCCACGGCUUUAAUGUAUUGAACCCAACGUUUGAGAUAUAAGUAAUGUUGUGCUUAUAAUCUAUGUUCGUUUAACC